AUGGGUCGCACCGUCGACCAGGAGGUGCACGCGGCGUUCGUCGAGUUCCGCGCCAAGGAAGAUGAUAAGGUGCGUGACUUUGCCUCUCCGUCCAGUGUAUCUAUUGUCAACAGAUCCGUGCAAAGAACACCUCCCGACAGAAGCAACACUUGCUCGAGUGUCCUGGUCUACGCGGUCAUCCCAACGCCCCCCCAGCCUACUCAGCCUACUCAGACCCCCAACGGACUGCCUACCAAUGGAUACCCCGGUACUCCGAACGGCCCCCCCGGCCGCACCACCUGGCCCAACUGGCCCGACGGCCAUUCCCACUCCAAAUGGCACCAUGAUCACCAACGGUGUCAAUCCGCAUGCGACUCCCAUGCAGACACCGCUGCAGAACUUGAACCGACCGCCCAUGCCGACCCCAGGUCCUCCCCCGGGACCUCCGGGUCUGCUAGUUCGAACCUGCCUGCGCCGCCGCUGGACGACGUGCACGCGGCCUUUGUCGAAUUCCGCGCCAAGGAGGAAGACAAGUGCUUGUCUGUGCAGUGCAUCUAUUGUCAACAAGUCCGCGCCAAGAACACGAGUCGCCAGCGCCAACACUUGCUAGAAUGCCCCACUUACCUCAGUGUCAUGAAGGACUCGAUCCCCGCCAACAACCUGCUGCACACAUUCCCCGAAGGCGAUGUCGCGCGAUCAUUGCAGAUCCCGGCUCCAUCUCUGGAGUUGGACUUCCGCAUGAGCAUCAAAAUGAACCCUAAGGUUGGCGUUGGUGCCAGUAUCUGGGGUCACCGCGAAUGGGUGUCAUACCUCGGUGGCCAGUGGGCUGGUCGAUGGGGCAAGGGAAUUGUCCUGCCCGGUGGACAGGAUACUCAAAUUGUGACCAAGGAUUCCACAACCAGCAUCCGCGCGAAUUACCUCCUCCAGACUGCCGACGAGCCCCCAGCUUUCAUUAUCAUCAAAGCGGAUGGCUGGCUCACCGGCGCCAAGGACGUUUUGGAAAAGGUCAACGACUCUGCGAUGGCUGAUGGAAUCAACCCCGGAAGUUACAAAUACCGUCUCAACCUUGGAAUGGAGACUGGUGAUGAACGAUACACCUUUUUGAAUACCCUGAUGUGGAUCGGCAGUGGCUGCCGCCGCGGACAAGAAGUCAUCUUCGACGCAUUCCGUGUCAACUAA